AUGAGCAUGCAUGUUCUCGUUCUAGGGCUCCUACUGAUUCUUGGUUUCAUACAAUCACAAGCAGCUUUGGUUCAAUAUACUUUCGUGGUUCAAGAAAACAACUACACAAGGCUAUGCAGCAGCAAGAACAUUUUGACAGUUAACGGACAAUAUCCUGGUCCGACUAUUUCUGCUCGUAGAGGCGACACGGUCAUCGUCGAUGUUAUCAACCAAGACACCCAGAAUAUAACUAUUCAUUGGCAUGGAGUGAAACAACCUAGAUAUCCAUGGUCUGAUGGGCCAGAGUUUAUCACGCAAUGCCCAAUUAAACCUGGUACCCGUUUUAGCCAGAAGAUUAUUCUUUCUGACGAGGAAGGCACGUUAUGGUGGCAUGCACACAGCGAUUGGUCUCGAGCCACCGUACAUGGUUUACUAGUCGUCUCUCCCAAAAUCGGGACUACUUUUCCGUUUCCUAAACCUCAUGCAGAGGUUCCCGUCAUCUUAGGUGACUGGUGGAAAAAUGAUAUACAGACAGUGAUGGAAGACUUUCUGCGUACAGGAGGAGAUCCAGCUCCCUCUGAUGCUCUAACAAUCAACGGUCAACCGGGCGAUCAAUACAAUUGCUCUCGUCCAGGUUGGAAGUUACUCUAUACACUUUCGAUUAACACAUUGCCKUGUGCGAGUGGCACCACAUGUGCGGGACCACAGGGUACGAGGUUUCGGGCAAGCAUAAACAACAUUACAUUCGAUACUCCAAGGACUUCGAUUCUUGGAGCUUAUUACCGUGGAAUGAAUGGUGUUUACGGGGACGACUUUCCUGAUAAUCCCCCUUUCAUCUUCAAUUACACURCAGAUAGUUUGAAUACGUCGCUACAAACUCCCAUGAAUGGAACUGAGGUGAAAAUCCUCAAGUAUAACGAUAAGGUGGAGCUUGUUUUCCAAGGAACAAAUGUGGUUUCAGGAAUAGAUCAUCCCAUGCAUUUGCACGGACAUAGUUUCUACGUUGUUGGAUCUGGAUUCGGUAACUUUGAUCGACAACGAGAUCCUUUAAAUUAUAAUCUWGUCGACCCUCCUCUUCAACAAACCAUUGCAGUUCCUCAGAAUGGUUGGACAGCCAUCAGAUUCAGAGCAAAUAACCCUGGAGUAUGGUUCAUGCAUUGUCAUUUUGAACGUCAUGUUAGUUGGGGGAUGGAGAUGGUAUUCAUCGUAAGGAAUGGAAAGAGUGGCGAUGCAAGAAUGUUGCCUCCACCACCAGACAUGCCCAAGUGUUAGAAGAUUUAUUCAUUUAUUUCUGAAGAUUAUUUAUUUCCUUCUAUAUAU